AUGUUAUUGCUUUGUGCAGCUUCUGUGGUUAGUGAUUCAAGUCCGAUGAAACUAAGGGAGAAGCUCUAUCUCUUUGCUGUUGGGUACUAUCGAAGCGGUGACUAUUCAAGAAGCCGGGAUUGUAUAGAACGGUUGAACCGGAGUGGAGACAGGCUCACACGAAGCGUUUAUUUCUCCAACUCUCCUGCCAAGCUCUGAUUUAUGAAGAGUGGAUAUAAAUGAACGAAACUGAUACACAGUAACACUCAUCACACUGUCUUCCCUCAAACGAUGCCAACAUACAAAAUAGAGCGUUGUCUUUGAGAAACUCCUAACCUGAUUAGCAACAUCUCUCUUUCUGCGAUGGUUCACAAGCUCUCUUGAGAAGUUUUGAAGGAAUAAGAAGAAAAGUUAGAAACUUGGAUCUCCUUUGGGAUCGUAGUUGAGAUGAGUAGUGAAGUGUGAAACUCUGAAUUGCUCUAAAAAGCAAGUUGUUGUGAGAGUGUGAAGAUCUAAGAGCUUAAGCGAAGAAAUGAGGACUGAUGCAAAGACGGAAAGUUUUGAUACCAGCUUUAGGAGAGUACUUAAAUGGUUGAAGAUUCAAAUCAAACGUAACAACUGAGCCAAAUCAAGAUCAAAAUGGAAUAUGUCACCUACAAAAAUCGGAUUCACCAAGUUGAUGUUGAGAUGUUUAACUCUCUUAGCUUUUCAAGUUUGCUUUUUCUAUCUCUUCUUUGAAGAAUGACUACUUCUACUGAUACCAGCUGUUGAUAGUAUUUAGUAGAAAGAGUAUAUGAGUAUAUACGAGAAAAUUUAACAUAGUGAAUGUAAGUCAUUACAUAGCGGGUAAGUGUAAUAAAUUAUUAUUAACUCCCAUUUAAUAUCUAAUUGUUUUUGUCUCUUUUAUGUUUGAAAAACAUAUUGUUUUUGUCUCUUUUAUGUUUGAAAAACAUAUAAUAGUUUUUUCAUCAAUUCUUUCAGUUCUUGCA